AUGUCUAACGGGAGCCUUGAAUAUUGGUUGUACAGAGAAGACUGCCAAUUGAACCUUCUUCAAAGAGUAACUGUAAUGCUUGAUGCAGCUAUGGGAAUUGAAUAUCUACAUCAUGGUCAUAUCACUCCAAUAGUUCAUUGUGACCUAAAGCCAGCCAACAUUCUUUUGGAUGAAGAUAUGGUGGCUCAUGUUGGUGAUUUUGGCAUCUCUAAAAUUUUAGCUGUAAGCAAGUCCAUGGCAUAUACUGAGACAUUGGGAACUCUUGGUUACAUCGCACCAGAAUAUGGAUCGGAGGUAAUAGUGUCCACUAAUGGCGAUGUUUAUAGUUACGGCAUCAUGUUGAUGGAGGUGUUGACCAAAAGAAGGCCAACAGAUGAAGACAUAUGCAAUGAAAAUCUUGAUAUGAGGAAAUGGAUAACACAAUCAUUUUCAGGGACUAUGUUGGACGUUGUGGAUGGCAAUCUUUUUCCCGAGGAAGAAAAAUCACUUCAAAAAGUGAAAUAUGCAUUGCCUCAAUGAUAGAGUUGGCUUUAGACUGCACAAAGGAAACACCAGAAUCAAGAAUAACCAUGAAAGACGUAGCCAAGAGGCUUAACAAAAUCAAGAACACAUUUCUGGAAAGAUAGGAGUUAGCAUCUCUUCCAGUGGUGUUGUUUCGGAGCUGCAAGUUAAUAUGUUACUUUUGUUUUACCUGGUUUCUUUAGUAAAGUCGUCAAAUACUAGUUUUUUAGAGCCAUGUACUGUUUGUACCAGUACAAUGUUGCAUUUCGCUCGUUUACUUUACUUUUUGUGAUUUAAGAUGUGAUACAAGCACGAUCAUGAAGAUGAACGUUUUUGAGUAUUUUGGAUGUAACCUCGGAGAUGUACUAGUUGAAGUGUUAAAGGGAUCCAAA